AUUUCCAUGGCAUCUUUUUUCAGAUAGAGAUAAUAUUGUUUUAUCUGAUAAAGAUGCUAUAGAAAUUAAAGGUGUUCUAUCAUUUCAAACUUUUGACAAUCCAACACCCAUAUCUCAACCUUUGCUACUAAAUGAAUCUUUAUUAAUCAUACCUUCUAUAAAUCUUGAAAUUAAAGAAAAGGAGACUAAAGAGUUAGCAAUAAUAGUUAAAAUUUGUAAAGAAGGAAAACCUUAUAGAGAAGUAGUAAUGGAGUUGAAUACUGGCUUAGAUGUUACUUGGAUUACCUUUGCAUUAUUUAAUUUUUUAAAACUUAAAAAAAUCAUAUCUGAUGAAAUAAUUUAUAGACAUAGUAGGUAUGAAAUUCUUGUUGUUUGCAAAGCAGAAGUUAUUAUCAAAAUUAGAAAAGUUAAAUCAAAAAUUAUAGUUUAUGUAAAUAAUGACAUAAAUUAUUUAAAUAGAAUAAUCAGCAAAGAUUUAAUGAAAGCAAUGAAUUUAAAUAUUUUAAUUUCAAAAAGACAAAUUUCUGUUUCAUGUAAUGAACAUAUUUUUAAAGCACCUUUAUGUAUAGACAAAAAUUGUAAUAUUUUACAAUCUUAUUUAUCUGAUAAUAAAUAA